GAUAGGCAGUUCUCAAAAUGAAGUCGAGUGUUGUAGUAGUGAUUUUAUAUAUUUUAUUACACCAAAAAAAUAACUUUGUUAUUGCCGACACAGCUGAAAAUGUAUCAGAUACAAAUGAAUUCCAAAACUGUGAAGAAUUUUGUUAUUUGAAUAGUGAAUUCUUAAAAAUAGUAUUUGACAAUCAUGAUAGACAUAAUAAAGGUACCAUGAGAUUUGAACAGGAUACUCCUCAUAAAAACUCUAAGGAUAUUAAGGGACUUAGGUAUGCCACGAGAUGGCUAACCAAUCAGCUUUCACACUGCAAUGCAAAGAAAGAGAUUUCCAAUGUUCCACCUUACAAUCAAAAAGAAAUAUACAAAAUGAAACUGCGUGGAAUGAAGCAUUUUCAUGGACCUUGCGCUUCUGGACCCGGAUGGAUAGUAGUUCAAAGGAGAUUCGACGGAAGUGUGGACUUCAACCGCACCUGGAAUGAGUACAAGGAGGGAUUUGGCAACAUCCAAGGAGAGUAUUUUAUUGGACUUGACAGACUCCACUUGAUGACCUCAUCUUCACAACAUGAACUAUGUGUUAGGAUUGCGGAUACCGACGGAGAUUCCGCCCACGCCCACUACACUCAUUUCGAAAUCGGCGACGAGGAAGAGUCCUACAAGCUAAAAUAUAUCGAAGGAUAUUCAGGAACAGCUGGUAACUACAUAGCUAAAAACAAAAAUAUGAAGUUUUCUACAAUUGAUCGGGACAACGACAUGGUAAAUCAUAACUGCGCUAAGAGUCUGAACGGAUGGUGGUAUAAUGAUUGUUAUGAAAAUGCACUUAAUGGCCCAUACGAUGAAGAUGGUAAAAGCCCAAGGGACGGUGGAAUAAUGUGGCUAUGGAAAAGGGACUUUUCGCGAUCCGUCACCUUUGCUGAAAUGAUGAUAAAAUCGAAAAAUAUUUAA